UACAGGAAGAAGGAAGUGUGACACACGCCAUGAAAGAGACCGAGAGAGAGACUGAGUGCAUGGGCUCUUGGUGUGUCACACUAGCUGUCUGGAAAAGAAACAUGCACAUUUGAGUGUGCCAGACAGACUUGAGUGAGUGUGUGUUGGUGUUUGUGUGUGCGUGUGUGUGUGCGAGCAUGUUGUGUGUUUGUGUUUGUGUGUAUAGAUGAGAGACUGGCCUUUUCUCAUGCAGAAGAAUGUCUCUCAAGUUACCUCGGAACUGGGAUUUUAGCACUCUCCGGGCAGAGAAGAUGGCCCGCUCGCGGAGCAUCAUGCCUGGGGAGGGCAGUCCCAAGUCACUGAUCAGGAGGUCACUGGAGAAGCCUGCCAAGUCGGGCUGGCUGAAGAAGCAGCGCUCCAUCGUGAAGAACUGGCAGCUGCGCUACUUUGUCCUCAGGGGCAACAUCCUCACCUACUACAAAGAUGACCGGGAGAGCACCAGUCAGGGUACCAUCCCUCUGUGGUCCUGUCAGGUCAACGAGCUUUCUUCCAACGAUGACAAGUUCUUGUUUGAGAUCAUCCGACCCAGCAGUGGAGAUCGCGAGCGUGACCCGUAUGUUCUCAUGGCUCGCACCCAGGCGGAGAAGGAUGAGUGGGUCCGCAGCAUACGCAGGGUGAUCGGGGCCCGCUCCAGCGGAGUGUUUGGCAAGAGUCUAAGUGACAUGAUGACGUAUGAGAAGCGCUUCGGGCAGCACACGGUGCCCAUCCUGGUGACCAAGUGUGCCGACUUCCUAAGGGAGCACGGUCUGAAUGAGGAGGGCAUCUUCCGCCUCCCCGGCCAGGAGAACCAGGUCAAGCAGUUCAGAGACGCCUUCGACGCAGGAGAGAGACCCUCCUUCCCCAGUGACACAGAUGUCCACACGGUGGGGUCCUUACUCAAACUGUACUUGCGAGAACUCCCAGAACCGGUGGUGCCGUGGAGCCAGUACCAAGACUUCCUGGACUGCAGCGGGCAGGUGGAUGCCAGCACUGCUUUGGGAAAGGAGUGCUUGGAGAAGCAGAUAGCCCUCCUGCCAAGAACAAACUACAACCUUCUCAGCUAUAUCUGCAGGUUCCUCCAUGAGGUGGGGGAGAACUCCAAGGUGAACAAGAUGAGUGUGGAGAACUUGGCCACUGUGAUCGGGGUCAACGUGUUUAAACCCCAAAUGGAGGAUGCCAUCAGCAUGAUGAAAGGGACUCCUCAGAUCCAGAAGGUGAUGACCGUGAUGAUCCGCCACCAUGAGCUGCUCUUUCCCAAGUCCAAGGACGUCACCCCCUCCCCACCCCCGGCCAGGAGCAAAAAGAGCAAAAAGUCUAGUGGUGCCUGCUUUGUGGGCUGGGAGUCUGCCGAGCAGGCGGACAACUCAUCCCUGUCCGAGUCCCCGGAGGAGGAGGAUGCCGAGACCGAUCGGACGGACGGCUGGGGAUCGGACGACAGGACGCCACCGCCGUCUGGAGCCGCCCCCACCAGCCCCACGUCCCCGUCCUCAGACGAGUGGGACCAGGGCCCGGGCCAGAGCCCCCGCAAGCGCACCCAGACCCUCCCGAACCUCAACCGGGCCGCUGUGCCAGGACGCCUGUCCCGGGACGACAGCAUGUUCAGGUGGAGCCGCAUCCAGGAGAGUGACGAGAGGGACGAGAAGACGCUCUCUGAGGACAUCUUUAAGAUCCUGGACCUGCAAGGAAUGUCCUCCCCAACACAGGACACAAAGAAGGAGGAGGAGGAGAAAGAGAAAGAGAAAGAGAAAGAGGAGAAGAAGAAGAAGGAGGAGACCCUGAAAAGUUCCCCUGUUGCUGCUGCUGCCAAGGACAGUGAAGGAGGCUCACCGAAGGUCUCUACAGCGGGCCUACAACCAGCACGUCCAUCUCCAGCCAACGCCACUGGCUCACCAAAGACUCAUUAUGCCCGCCAUCAUGACCUCCAGACGGUCAGAGAAGAGCCAGUGGGAGCGGACACCACGCCAUCUCCUCAGCACACAGCAGCGGACGGACACCAUCAACACGGAAUUAGCAACUCUCGACACAUCAUCGACAGCUUGCAGCUUCAGAACCAGGAGCUGGUGUCCAAGGUGUCGGAGCUGCAGUCAGCGCUGGACGCUGAGAGGAGGUGUGUCGCCGCCCUGGAGAUCCGGCUGAGGAACGCCGAGCGCAGCCGCGACGAGGCCCAGAGGCGGAACAGGGAGCUGGACCAGGAGAUACAGGCCUUCCUCUCUCCUGGAGGACCACCCUAAGAUCUCGCAAUGAGGCCCAGCAACGCAACAAGGAGCUGGACCAGGAGACAGGAGAUACAAUACAGGCCCUCUUCUCUCUCCUGGAGGAGGACCACCAUAAUGGACCCAGGCAAGAGCAGAGCAGAGCAGAGCAGGCAAACAGAUUUGAUUUCAUUCUCAUCUAUUGGAUUGGACAGUGCUACAACAUUCUUUACUCCCGGUCAGCCACAAUAGUGACCACAGAGCACAGCAAUAUGAUUCUAUUACAACUUCAUGGGAAGGAAUGGAUAGUGAUACAAUAUUCCUCUGCCUCUCUGUCUCUGUCUCUCUCUCUCUCUCUCUCUCGCUGAGCGAGCAUAAUGGACACAGAGCUGAAAAGGCCGUCAUAUUCUAGUAUUCAAUUCUAUUUCAUCACAUGGGAGUGAUUGAACAUUGACACAGCGUUACUCUCUUCAAGUGAGCCAUCAUUGAUACAACAUAAUUUCCUCCAGCAAUUUUGUCCAGGUAAGCCACAAAGACCUGAGCCGAUGGCCAUAUUCUGUUCAAUUCUAUUGUAUUACAAGCUUGUGAUAAUGAAUGGACAGUCAUACAACUUUGGGCUGCCUUAACAGACACAGAGCACUGCAGCCCAAUCCUAAUUUGUUACAUGCUCACAGACGGGACUGAAUGGACCCUGAUUCUACUGAGCCCUGUUCUACAGCACCUGGCCAAAAUCUUGUCGGUCAUUCUUCUUUUAAAGGUGCACUGCGUAGAAUAGUGGCCAGAAUGGAUACUGCAACUACUGUAUGCUGCUCAUUGAAACUGUGCUGCAGUGCCAAUUGCCAAAUUAGGUCUUUUCAUUAAUAUUUACUAAAUAAUAAACCAAUAUUUGCAAGUAUAACCAAAGUAUGCAGUAGUUUGCAGCUAUAAAAGUCCAUUUCUGGAAAUUCAAAAUGGUGGACCAUGGAGAAGAUCUCCAUGAAAAGUACAAUUGUAUGAAAAGUACAAUUGUCCAGGUCAUAAUGAAUGCUUACAAUUUGAUGGUAGUGCUAAGUAUUUGUUAAAAAGGUAACGUUUGUGAAUGGGCAUCAUGAAUUCUGGAAAUGAACUACUGAAAAUAUUACACAGUGCACCUUUAAGGAUGAUAAGCAAUACUGUAACACCACUUGUAGUCAGAAAUGGCUAUCAUGCCAGAAAAUAAUAUUAAAGCCACUUUUGGGGCCUUAUAAAAGCCAAUUCUUUAUCUCAAUACGUCAACUGCAAUUCAAGAUGUUUUUUGUUGUUUUUACAACUUAAGUUAAGCAAUAUUUUGUGUGUUUUGUCAGGUUCUGUAUUGUAUUCUUGUUCACACACAUGGGAACAGAUGGAAAGGGAUAAAAAUUUUGGUAACUCUUUAUAAUAAUGUUCCUUAGUAAAGACUCAGUAAAUAAUUAACUAA